AUGGUGGCUCAAACCCGUACCGCUGGGCAAAGCUCGCCCAGAAAGCUCAAAUUUCAUGACAAACUCGUCGGCAAGGGCCUCUCAACCGAUGCAUUGCUCAAGAAACUCAAAGCCCUGCACACCGAGCUCGCAGACAUGGACCAGGAGCAUGUCGAUGUCGCAUCCCUCUCGGCCGUCCGCAAGGAGCUUAUUAACACCUCCGUUCUCCUCCACAAGGAUAAGGGUGUCAAGGCCUACGCUGCUUGCUGCAUUGCUGAUCUCUUACGCCUCUACGCUCCCGAUGCGCCUUACACACAAUCCGAAUUACGCGACAUAUUCCAAUUCUUCUUCAGGCAACUCUACACUGGUCUCAAGGGCUCCGAUUCGCCCUACUACAACGAGUACUUCCAUUUGCUUGAGUCUUUGUCCACAGUCAAGAGUGUCGUCCUCGUCUGUGAUUUACCAAACGCAGAAGAACUCAUGACGGAUAUCUUCCGCAACAUCUUCUCUAUGGUCAGGAACGAUCUCGCGAAGAAGAUUGAACUAUUCAUGGCCGACAUUCUCAUUGCCCUGAUAGACGAGUGUCAGAGCUUGCCCUUUGAUGUCCUCGAAACCGUCAUGGCGCAAUUUGCAGAGAAGAACGCGGAUAGGGCGCGUCAUAAGUUGGGCGUCGUAGCCACAGGCGUAAUGUGUAGCCACAAAUGGGUACAACCUCCUUGUGGGUCGUAUCCCUUCGUGGCAUCGGCUAACCGAUAUGGCAUGGACCAUCCCAAUUAUCGACUAGCUGUGCAAGUGUGCAAUGAGACUGCAGACAAGCUACAGCGACACGUAUGCCAGUACUUCACGGAUAUGAUCGUGUCCCAUUCGCGCGACGAGAACUUCGAAGAGGUUGAGAAGGCCCACGAACUAAUCAAGCGACUGAACCGCUCAUGUCCGUCUCUUCUGCACAACGUUGUACCACAACUCGAGGAAGAAUUGCGCGUCGAGGAAAACCAGAUUCGCAUUAUGGCGACCCAGGUACUAGGCGAAAUGUUCGCAGACAAGGGCGGAGCCGACUUUGUGCGGAAGUAUCCUACAACAUGGAAUAUUUGGCUACUACGCAAGAACGAUAAAGCGGCAGCUGUCCGCCUGACCUUCGUCGAGGCGGCAAAGGGCGUACUCGUCAACCUCUUAGAGCAGCGAGAUGCCAUCGAAGACGCCCUCCAGACAAAGUUAUUCGACCCGGACGAAAAGAUUCGUGCAGCUGUCUGCAAGCUGUACUCACAGCUCGACUACGAGACCGCCGUGCAUCACGUUUCGGAGAGCCAGUUGCGCGCAGUUGCAGGUCGGGGCCUUGACAAGAAGCAUUCUGUCCGUGUCGAAGCAAUGACCGCGAUUGGCAAACUAUUCAGUCUGGCCUACCCUGAAAUCCUAACAACGUUCAGCGAGAACAACGACCCAGCCGCAGUGAAACAUUUCGCAUGGAUACCUGAAUCGAUUCUGCAUAUGGCAGCAACAACGGUAGAAGUCAAAACUAUUGGAGAGCAAGUUAUCGGGGAGUAUAUUUUACCUCUUCCGUCGCCAACACCAACAUCGAAUUCUCGCGCCAAUGAUGUCGAUGAAGGCGCGUGGACUGAUCGUUUGCUAUUCGUCAUGAAGUUUUUGGAUGAGAUGGCGGUCAAUGCCUUGCUGAGUUUAUCAGGCAUGAAGGGAGCGGGCCGUCCAGUAUUCGAAAGGUAUCUGCAAGCCUGCGUAGAGCACAAUGGCGGCAUUAUCGAUGAAAAUGAGGAGGCUGUCGUCAACAAUCUCAACGCGAUAGUUAAGCGAAUUGCGGUGACAUUCCCCGAUCCCCAGAAGGCGGUGGAAGACUUACUAGCCUUUGCGAAGCUGAACGAGGGCAGGCUAUACAAGCUACUGAAGACGUGUAUGGACACCCAAGUGGAUCUGAAGGGGCUGAUGAAGGCAACGAAUGAGUUCCUGCGGAGACUCGAGCAAUCGUCUUCCUCUCUCGUUCCGGCCAUGUCAGUGUUCCUACGCAGAGCGAGUCUGCGAAUGGUGAACCAAUCAUCUAUCCCCACGUUGAUAAAGCGGGUCCAGAAAGGAGAUCCCUCGGGCGAUGGUAGUGGCUCAAGCCAGGCAGAGCUCAUUGCUCACAACGCGGAGACAUGGAUGCGCUACAUCUCCAAGCACUGUCCCCAGCUGCUCCAGUCACAUGUGCCGGAGUUGGCGAAGGCCAUUGCGGAUGAGCGAAACGCUCGGCUGGUCGAGGUAUGUCUGCAAUCCCUCGCCGCAGUCGCGAACUGGGAUAGGAAAUUGGUUCCGAGCGACAAACGCACAUCCGAGAGGGUGUCUCGUUUUGUCAUGAGCUCUCAUGCACGUCAUGCCAAGUUCGCCGCGCGUAUAAUGACAUGCAUGAAGGAUUCCGAAGACCUCUGCGUGCAGGUUGUGGAAACCAUGGCCGAUGCACUUCCCGAAGCAGAACCUGAGCUUCUUGUGGCACAUGUUGCCGUGCUCGCGCAGCUUGCUCUAAGGGCUCCGGAUGCUUUUGAGCAGAGGAGCGAUGUCAUAACCGCCUUCAUUCUCAAGCAGAUCCUCAUGAAGAAAACCGAGCCAUCAGAUGCGAUGCAAAUUGACGAGGAGUGGAUUCCCGAUUCCGCGAUGCCACCACAGCUCCAGGCUAAAGUGCUAUCACUGAAGAUCUGUCGAAAUCGUUGUCUCGCGCAUGCUGAGUCAGAGUCAGCACUUGAUAUCGCUCGCCCGGUUCUGAAAAUGCUUGCAACGAUAUUGCAAUUGCGAGGAUCACUGACAGCUAACGCUCAGGCGGAAGACGAGCUCCAUGCUGCUGUCUCCCUGCUCCACCUUGCAUGUGUGGAGAAGUAUGCAACAGAGGUAGCAUUGAGUUUGCCCGCUAUUGCAGUCACUAUUCAGGAUCCCUGCUAUCAAGUCCGUAUGACGUUCCUGGACAAGUUGCUUGUGUUACUUCCGGGUCGUGCGGGACGAAAGCUUCCGGCAUCGUACAACGUGGUGCCGUUUCUGUCGGUGCACGAUCCUGAAGCCGAUGUCAAAAACAAGGCAAAGGCCUAUAUCGUCAUGGCCAUGCGCGGCCUACCUAAAGCUGUCCGACUGCAAGACAUCGAGAUCAACUUCAUACGCCUUCUCCACGUGCUAGCUCACCAUCCUGACUUCGGACUCACCGAAGAAGCACUCCCGGACAUCGCAAAUUAUAUUGAGUUCUACCUCGAUCUUGUCGUUUCCGCAGAGAAUAUCUCCCUGUUGUUCCACCUUGCUAUGAAGGCCAAGACAGUGCGCGAUGCACAGUCGCAUACAUACAGCGAGGUAUAA